GGCCAAUUAGUUAGCUCCACGUCAAAGUUGUCAAAAUCCGGCGCGGAGCAAGCAAGCAAACUCCACUCAUGGCGCCGCUUCCGCCUCGCGCCAUUUCCCUCGUCUUCCUCUUCCUCUUCUUCACGGCCGCGUCGGCGACGAGGCGACUCGACGACGCCGGUGGCCAGCCUACGGCGGCGUCGUCCGCGACGGCGUUCCUCCGGUCCCGCUGCGCCACCACGCGGUACCCUGACGUCUGCUACGACUCCCUCCUCCCCUACGCCUCCACGUUCCAGACCAGCCACGUCAAGCUCGCCGUCGCCGCGGCCAACGUCGCGGCGGCGAAGCUCCGGGCGUUCUCGGCCCGCAUCAAUGAUCUGCUCGCCCAAGGCGGCGCCGCUCGCGUGGACGCCGCGCUGAAGGACUGCAAGAGCACCAUCUCCGACGCCGGCGACCUGGCAAGGCAGUCGUCGGCGGAGCUCGGACAGCUCGACGCGGGCGCCGCCGCGGCCGGCGUGAGCAGCAGGCAGGCGAGGUGGCAUGUCUCGAAUGUGCAGACGUGGCUCAGCGCGGCCAUCACCGACGAGGGGACGUGCACCGAUGGGUUCGAGGAAGCCGGAGAAGCCGCGGCGGGGUCGCCCGCCGGGAAGGAGGUCGCCGCCGGGGUGGCGAGAGUGAAGCAGCACACCAGCAUCGCCCUCGCGCUCGUCAACGGCAUCCCGUUGUGAACCUGCAGACAAGCACUAGUGUUUUAUUAAACUAAGUUGUUGCAAAACUUAUAUCACUUCAAUGAUGCAUGUAAAAGCACAUAUAAUUGUAUAAAGGAAUCAUUAUGGAAGUGUGACCGUUGUACAUGUCAUAUUUGUUCUACUUUUCCAGUUGUAUACAGUGUAAAGUCGAUCGAAGAUGGAUUUUUCUCACUCGAGGGGACACCCUCUCGUUGUGUAUGUGUCAUUUAAAAGUUAUAAAACAAUUAUUUUUA